CUUUCUCUACGUUUCUUUUCAAAUGGCUGCGUUAAUAAUAGACGAGACACCGUAUUUCUGAAAACAGUAUUUUUCCACUCGCGAAUGAGGCAAUGUUGUUAACCUCUCGUCGCUUAUCCAAAGUAUUGCAGCUCACCCUAGCGGCCAUCAAGCCAGAUGCAGUUGCACAUCCUGUGAUGUUAGAGGCUCUUCAUCAGAGAAUCCUGGACAAUAACUUUGUCAUUGUCAGAUACAAAGAUCUUGUGUGGAGAAAACAGGACUCUGAGAGAUUCUACGCUGAGCAUGCAGGGCGAUUCUUCUACCAAAGACUUGUAGAAUUUAUGUCAAGUGGUCCGAUGAGGGCAUAUAUUCUAGCCAGAGAGGAUGCUAUUAGUCACUGGAGGCAACUGAUGGGACCAACCAAGGUGUUCAGGGCCAGGUAUACCUCCCCCGACUCAAUCCGUGCCCAGUUUGGACUCACAGACACAAGAAACACAACUCAUGGCUCAGAUUCCAUUGACACGGCGCACAGAGAAAUCAACUUCUUCUUCCCGGAGUUCAAUUUUGAGGAGUGGAUGGAGAAGGAAGAGCCUUCAUUCCGACACGGAGUGAUGAAAUAUGACCAGGAAAGACUGAUCCACACACUUCCAACACAAAACUGAACCCAGAGCAGAUGAGAGUGAUGUGGCCAACUGUGCGGCCAGUUACUGAUGGAGGACGGAAGAACUUUUGUAGCUGCUCAUAUUCUGUUCAGUAGCAGCAUAAAAUGCCAUCAAAAUUAUUUAUUGUACCAUGCCAUGUGAAACACAGACAUUGCCAAGACUAUGGAUGUUUAUAUUAGUAUUUAUCAAGUUUUUUUUUGUUUGUUUUUUUAAAUAGAGUGAAAGACACUUUUAGCACCUCACCAUAGUUUCACAAUAGAAUGCAGUGAUAAUGUUGGGUAAGAUGAGACAAAUCUGACAGGGAUUUUGUACCCGCACAGGCACAGUACAAGAGCUUUGUAUCAGACUAUCGGGCAGGCAUCCAAAAGGGAAUCGCAUUCAAGCUAAAACCUUGAAUCACAAACUGAUCAAGAUCAAAAAAUUAACUAUUUUGCUCACUUUAUUGCAAGUAAAAUAAAUCUGGCUAAUCUUGAUAUACCAGAAAUUCUAACUCAGUUAUGGUCUGCAACUUUUAAAAA